GAGUUUUCCCAGCCGCUGUGUCUGCUGUUUAGUUUAACUGUUUCUGUUAUAAAUUUUAAUUUCGAAGCUAUCGGAUUACUAACAUCUAAUUUAAUACAAAAAGAAUUUCAUACAAAAUAUUUUGUCAAUAUAAAAAUUAUACUUGGUUACUAUCGACCUGUCAAGAAGACAUUUUUAUAAAGCUGUUCUCGCAAAAUUCGCAAAAUAGGAGACGAAAAUCCCUUUAAGUUUUCUAAUUUCAUAUCGAAUCUGCCACCAAUCGGUGGUAGAGCGAUGCCUCGCUGCAGCAAACGCACACGUAGUGGCGCCCCCACUAACGGGGGCGAGGUUCUGCCUGGAGCCACAGCCAUAGACGAACACCACCAUCACAAGAGAUCAAGAAAUAGCAGUUCUCGUCGACAUUCCAAAGCAGAAGACACUAGUUUUAGUGCAAAGAAAUGUUUAGCUUGGUUUAAAGAAUACACAAGUGUUUCAGAACCAGAUGUGUUAGGUCCUGAAGGAAUGGAAAAGUUUUGUGAAGACUUAGGUGUAGAUCCUGAAAAUGUAGUGAUGUUGGUAAUAGCUUACAAAAUGGGAGCCAAACAAAUGGGUUACUUUACUCAAGAAGAAUGGUUAAAAGGUUUAACGGAGUUACAAUGUGACAGUGUGCACAAAUUGCAGAACAAAUUAGAAUAUUUACGCAGUUUACUCAAUGAUCCAUAUAUAUUUAAGGCUGUUUAUAGAUAUUCAUAUGAUUUCGCUAGGGAUAAGGACCAGCGGUCGCUGGACACGGGCACGGCGCGCGCGCUGCUGGGCGUGCUGCUGCCGCGCUGGGGGCUGCGCGCGCCGCUGGGCGAGUUCCUGCAGCGCGAGCGCCGGUACCGCGUCGUCAACCGCGACCAGUGGUGCAACAUCCUCGAGUUCAGCCGCACCGUCGACCACCACCUCGCCGCCUACGACGCGGACGGCGCCUGGCCUGUAAUGUUGGACGAGUUUGUUGAAUGGCUUCGUGCAGAGAGAGCGCCAGAUGCUGCGAUGCCGCCCGUCAGCUGAGAGAUCACACACACUAACUACAUCUAACCUAUACACACGUACGUACAAGAUAUGGCCGCUUCAAUCUACAGGUAUCUGUUUUUCGAUAAAAUUUAAUUUUUAUUACAAUGACGGCGUUAUCUGAAAAAAAAAUUUACACAAUCAUCUUUAAGUAAUUCAGUAUUAUUUUAAAUCCAACAUCGUGUAAAAGAUAUUAUUU